GUCCACAACCGGAGGCAGGACUCAACCAACUUCUACGUUGCGAACAGGAAAAGUCGGGAAAACACAUCUUCCCCCGCAUGACGCCGUCUGUCUUGGCCUGCAUGUGUCCUCAGAGCGUUUCCUGCAGUUCACCGGAGCGCUGCUGAAGUUCUCCCCGCCGCUCGGGCUGCUGUUUAGGCGGCGUCGGAGCGUCGCUGCGCUCGGGACGCCUCGCUGCUAUGAAGAACACCUACUGAGCGGAUAUUCGGAUCGUUUUCCUUGGAUUUAUCCCUCUCCAAUCGACCUGGCUUUUAUCCUGGUUGCGUUCUCCUAUAGUGUGGAUAUAUAAACAGUUAGGAAAAUGCCUGGGAAAACCAAGUAUAACCUCGUUGAUGACGGACACGAUUUGAGGAUCCCGUUGCACAACGAGGAAGCAUUCCAGCAUGGGAUCAACUUCGAAGCAAAGUAUAUCGGCAGUCUGGAUGUGACGCGGCCGAGCAGCAGAGUGGAGAUUGUUGCUGCCAUGAGACGGAUCCGGUAUGAGUUCAAGGUGAAAAACAUCAAGAAGAAGAAAGUUCACAUCGUUGUGUCAACAGACGGAGUCAAGGUUACCUUGAGAAAAAAGAAAAAAAAGAAAGAGUGGACCUGGGAUGAGAGCAAGUUGAUUGUAAUGCAGGAUCCAAUUUACAGAAUAUUCUACGUUUCUCAUGACUCACAAGAUUUGAAGAUCUUCAGCUACAUUGCCAGAGAUGGUCAGAGCAAUGUUUUUCGCUGUAAUGUGUUCAAGUCCAAGAAGAAGAGUCAGGCCAUGCGCAUCGUCCGAACAGUUGGCCAGGCGUUUGAGGUUUGUCAUAAACUGAGUCUACAGCAUACACAGCAAAAUGCAGAUGGAAAGGCGGACUGCAACGGUGAAAAAAAUGGUGACGAUUCCUCUGGCGUGCGUGCUUAUCCACCUGUAUGUGUGUGUACUUUCCUCGGCCCAGCUCGGGAGCUAACAGGUGCAGAAAAGACUCCAGCGAGCGUCGCGGAGGAAACGGACAUUGAUGCCGAAGACGUGGUCCAGGUGCCGACGGCCGAGGACUUGAACCUCAACAGAGGAGUGACAGAUCUCGAUGCCACUGCCAAGACACCUGACUUAACCCAGUCAGAAAAUAAGGUUUUGGAGGAGCCUUCUCUUCUGAUGUCCAGUCCCAGGAUGCUGCUCCCAGCGUCGGGCACGCUGCCUCCCGGGGCUCCAUUGUCUGUCCACCACCAGAUCCAGCUGCUCCAGCAGCAGCUUCAGCAGCAGCAGCAGCAGACUCACGUCGCUGUAGCACAGGUCCAUCUUCUGAAGGACCAGCUAAGCGCCGAGGCCACAGCUCGGCUGGAGGCCCAGGCUCGAGUCCAUCAACUGCUGCUCCAGAACAAAGACCUGCUGCAGCACAUCUCCCUGCUGGUUAAACAAAUCCAGGAGCUAGAAUCAAAGAUGGUUGGACCAAAUUCCAUGGGCUCUCAGGACAGUUUGUUGGAGAUCACCUUCCGCUCCACGGUACCUCCAGUGAUCUGCGAUGCUACAACUCCCAAAUCCGAGGUGUCAGACAUCAACCUCUCUGCACUUGGCACUGGUGACGGAACCAGCAACGUCUUUUCCUCUACCAACGGGACUCUGGGAAGCCCCCUAGUUGAUCAGAGUUUGUUUGAGAACUCCAUUGCCCAGAAGCAGAGCCCUCAGACCUCCAGAACAGGUCAGCACUCCAUCCGAUCCCUCUCAGCAUCAGCUAAUUCCAAUUCUGGCUCCACCUUCAUCGACUCUCCAUCCUCUGGAGGACAGCAAAGGCUGAAAAAUGCCAUUAACCUGGGCAAGGCAGUUGGGGCAAAGGUCAACGACCUGCUGAGAAGAAAGGAGCCGAGCCACCUUGGAGACAUCGGCGUCACUGAGGUCAACAAGAAUGUUGGCGCAGUUUGGAGCUGCAUGGACAAACUUGGCCACAAUUCUGCUAGCAGCCACAUGUUUGACUCCUUUCCUCGUCUCGACCCACCGCCGCCAACAGGAAAGAAGCGCGUCCCUCGAGCUCUGAAGACGACCCAGGACAUGAUGAUCUCCUCUGACCCUGUAGUCGCCUCGCCAGACCCGGCAGAUUCUCCCCCCUUUCUGCCCUCCCCUGAAGAAACAUCUCAGGGCCCCAACGAGGAGAGGAAGAGUGAGGAAAAGCUACAAGGAGGCAGUGAGGAGCAGGAGGAGAGGUCGACAGAAAUCACAGAGCCACUCGGUCUGGUGGCGAACCAACCCGAUUCAGAGACAGAGGAGACCAAAUCCACGACUGAUGAAGUCAAAGAUGGGGAGGAGGAAAAAGGGAGCCCAGAAGGAGGUGAGGAGGAACAUCGACACCAGCUUCAGCUUUCUGUGCCAGACCUCAUCAACAAGGAUCCUCCUUUGGAGUCCCGAGCCAAACACUGCGACGUCUGGCAGAGGGCAUCCUCGCCAGACUCCCGGCUCGCCUCCUCUCCGAUUUUGGGCAAGGCACCCUGCCGCAUCAGCCUGGGGGAGGAGGUCCUGCUUGGUAACGGCGCCCCCUGCAGUAAAGACUCAGGAGGAGGCACUGAGGAGGCAGAGCCUCACCCAGACCUGCUGUCCUUUGAGUAACUCAAAUUUUUACUGUGGCUUUUAAAUGUAUCACCCACCCUGCUUUAGUUUAGGACAAAGAGAAAAGAUGCUUUUCAGAAGCAAGGCAGGCUUGAAGACCUGCUGCUUUUCAAACUUUAUAUCAGCUUUUUAAACAGUUUCGUCACUGGUUUGAGGUCAGUCAGACUACGUAAAUUAUAUAUUUUAUGCAUAAAAAUACACAGGAAAAGGCUGGCUGUUUGCCAUCAUUUCUAGCUCACAAUGCAAAAAUAACAAACAGUAAAAAACAAGGGCCAUUAUUUUAUUGCAGUUUCAGUUUUUAAAAUAAGAAAGUAAAAAACAAUGUUCAUAUUUCAUUAAAUUUUUUUUUUAACUUUGGCCUUUAAAAGUUCCCUGUCUGCUUUAACAAUGUAAUGACAGCCUGAUUAUGUAUUAAUGAAUGUAUUUAGUGUGGUGACAUUACCUUUAGAUGGGUUAAAGACUUAUAGAUAUGAACAAAACCUUUAAAUCCUUGAAAACCACACCAUUUUUUAUUCAUAAAAGGGUUUAUUUUUUAAGUGUGUUACUAAGCUGCUGCAUUAAAGCCAGUUAAAAACUGCAAAAAGUAUAUAUGUUAAAUAGAAUUAUAUAUUUUACAUUUCAUAAUUUUAAACUACAUGGUAAAGUUUUUUGUUUAUUUUUUUCUUUCUCAGUUGUUUAUAGCAGUCUGGAAAACAUGCUCAGAAAAAAAAAACAGGAAGUGAGAAUUAAAGGCUUAAAAGGACGUGUUUGAGAUUGAACAGGUAGGGUGAAUAUCACAGUCACAGCACGUCUGCGACCUCCAGUUUAUAAAAAAAAACAAUCAUUCUGAAUCAAAGUUUUUUUAACUCCACUUCAGGAUGAUUUAACUCUCCAAAAGAAGCUUUUUGUCUCAAUUCUGUGCUGAAGCCAAUUUCUGGCUUUUCUCAGAAAUUGAUCGAUAACACAGAGUUAGUUAUUUUCAAAACUUGUGCAAAUCAAGAUCCACAUUUUUGCCUGCAACAGGAGUGUCCAAAGUGUUCCCUGUGGGCACACAUGAUUGUGUGCAGCCCAUGUCCACUGUUGAACAAUGAUGCAAAUUAUGACAUUUUUUUUAGACAAAGACAAUAAAAAAAAAAUCAAGCCAAGACUUUAAGAAAUUAUAAACCUUUUCUUGAGCAGGGCAAACUUACAAAAAUUGACGUCUUUGUUUUCAGUAAACUAGUGUGUGUUUGUUUUAAUGUUAAGCAGGUAAAAUGUUCAAAUUUCACAAUAAAACCUUUUUGCCUGUAGAAACCUUCUAGUAUUUUCAACCAGGCGAUUUUGACCCACAUGGCAAACAGUUUUGACACCACUGUUCUAAUGGAUCCAGCAAUGAGAGAAAUUUUAAUCACAAAUUGUUGUGUUUUGUUCCUGGAUUCUGCCACAAACCAGACUGAAUAUGUGAAGUUCUAUAGAAAUCUGACUCGUCAUUUAAAAACAAUAUUAAAUCACCAAUGCCUUAAUCUGUAAAAUAUGCAUCCUCUAAAACAUAACAUAAAUAAGAUGACUAUUUUUAGGACUAAAACAUAUUUGACAUAUUUGACUGUAUGAGCUAAAAUCUGCUGCUAUACUGGAACUAAAUGCCAAGGAAUGAGACGAAUUGAAGUAAUUACCGGUCUGUGCAGCUAGAAUGUGCAAAGACAGGUUGUUCCACAUAUUAGCUGGAGCAACAUCUGUUCAGGCUAUAAAUCUGUUUUCUUCCUUCCACACCCAGUAAAUUAAUUAGCCGUUAAUACUUUGAUGCGAAACGGAUCAGUUUGGUGUGCCUCUCUCCAGAAACAAACGAUGAAAGGUUGUUUCCCUGCUCAGACCUGAAAUGUGCUUGACUUCAUAUUCCAUCACCCUACAGAUGGAGACGGGACUGAAAGACGUCUGAAUGGAGUGUUUUUAGAAAAGGGAUGAGGGGUUCCUGAGUUAAAGAGAGGGCAAGGUAAUGAGCUGUCAACAGGAAGGGAUGAAAGAGGUGUAUUUUUUAUUCAAGCGGAUCCUAAAGUGACAGACCAAAGACGGAAAUUAACAGCUCAGUCAGACAGGUUGUUUUAUCACUUUUUUACUUGCCAGAGGAGGAAAAAAGCAAUAAUAUGGAGGAGUGUUAUUUUUGUUAUUGUUGCUUAAAAAGAUGAAAGCCAAAGAGUGAACUUUUCUACCAUUUCUUUGUAGAUGACGUCCGUGUCUUUAUUCUUCAAAAGACAGAGGUUGACUCAGGUGCUUGUUACAUGUAAGCUGGCAUUGAGAGAAAUUAUUAAGCCUUACUUCACACCUGUUUGUCAAAGCAGGUAGAUUGGGGUCUGGUUGCCGUGGUUACUUUAACUUUUAAUCAAGCACUAAGAAGUAGAAAUCUGUAAUUUUCUAACCUUGCAUUCUGAAGAUGUUCUGGGGAUUUCUGCUUCUGGGUUUUGAGGCGUGUUUCUUUAACACCCUGGAUAUAUAUUUUUUUGAGCAGAGAACUAAAGUGCAGAAUUCCAUGAAUUUCCCAGAAGAAGCUGAGACCAAAAGCAGCACCAGCUGAGAAUGAGAGGAAUGUGUAGCUCGUACUUAUGAGGGAAAAAGCAAGCUUUGUCUCAGUUUUUUUUUUUUUUUCGUUUUUUUUUUCUCUGAAUGUGUCUGAGGCACUGAACUGUAACCAAGCAGCUGAGGCCUCCUCUGCGGUUCUGAAUCAUGUUCCACUUUUUUUUCUUUUUUUUUUUUUCUUUUCAGUGAAAUUACUCAGAGCUGCAGAUGUUUGAGUAGAAAGCACUCCAAAAAAAGAGAGAUAUUUUUAUACAUAUCUAAAAAAAUUAGCUUUAAAGUUACGGGGAACUGAGCCUGUGGAUAUGCAAAUACCAUACCCAGGUUUCUGACCAUUGCCUGUAGGGAUGCACUACAUGCACAAGUCUUAAUAAGUACCUUAUUUUUUAUUGCAGAAUAAGACAAACUUUCUUGUAAUAUUUGAAGUGGUUUUGAUCUGUAGUUUUUAGGCUUCUGAAGGUUUUCCUAAAAAUAAUUAUUUGAACUUUUACUUAUUUUUCAGUCAACAUUAGCCUAUUAACCAUGACCAAUAAAUGGUACAGAUUUAAAAAGGUUGCUAAUAUCAAGCAAUAACCCAGCGGUGUGUUGACAGGGCUUUUUCUUACCAGAGGCCUGCCAUAAAUAUGAAAUUGCUUCCUAUCAUUUAACUGAAUUUAAAACUUUGUUCAUUUUGGUUGUCAUGGAUCUUUUUUUUUUUUUUCCAAUAAUUUUUUGUCUUCAACUUCUCCCUCUUCCGCUUUGGGAUUAUACAUGACACCAACAGCUAAGAUAUCUUCAAUUAGAGUGAUUUUGCAUGUUAUCAAGUUGGAUCUCUUCGCGGUAACAUCCAGUCAGUAUUUCCACCUCACAGUGAGUCUGUCUACUUAGUCAUAUCUAUUUUAGCUGUGUGGAAAAACCUCAUUGUGGGGAGUAGCUAGCCAGUUAAAUCUGGUUUGCAUCACAAGCUCCAUCCUGAAGGUAAAGGGAAGUAUAAAGUCAUUCAGAGUUUCUGUGUAGCAUUGAUAUUAAUACAAUUUACUCUUAGCAUGUUUAGAAUCUGCUUAUAAAAAAAUAUAACUGAGUAUGGAGAUGCAUCUUUCCAUACUUGGAUAUGUUUUUUAUUUGUAAUAAAUGUGUGAACAGUAAUAAUGGCUGCAAAUUUCAAGAUCAUGAAUUGACUAUUUCAUUAUUUUGAUAUAUGAAAGUAUUUUUUAAUAAUAAUAAUUGUCAUUCAAUAUUUAGUAAUGCAUCAGUCUAGGAUCAGGUUUUUUCCAUCUUAAGCCAGUAGACCAUAUCACUCUAAUUUGAAUUUUAGCCUUUAUAUUUUAAGAUCAACUGUGAUCAUAAAAAACCAGUUUGAGGUUUAAUUUUCUUCAGAUAAGUCGAUGAAAUUCUAAUCUCAAGAAACUAAAGCUAUGCUUUCUUGAGAUAACAGAAAUAAACUGUUGUGACAAGUCAAGCUACCAUUUGGUCAUCUUAAUAUGACUUAAUUUUAUGACAAAAGGUCUAUCAAAAAAAAAAAAACAAGUUUAAAUCUAUAUGACAAUUUAGAUUUUCCUAAUUUCAAGAUGAUAGGUAAUUAAAAUAAGUUCAUAACAUUCCAUCUUAAGUUGUUGACUGUAAACCAGCCUACCCAUGCACAUUUACAGUAUAUGAACUUUCCCAAACUUUCAUGGGUUUGCAUUUCAGUUAUUACAGUUAUAUUACAUAGUUCUGCUGCUUCAAAUACCUGGAACACAUUGAUACUAAACCUCAAACACCUAACAAAAUAAUCCAAAUCAGUUGCAAUGUUAGAUCUUAAAAGUCAUGACACAUUUGAACAGAUGCAUCUGGACAAGGGCAAUAGUUUAGAAACAUAAAUUGUGUAGGAACCCUGUUACUGCCUCACCACCCGGGCGGAUUAGGGGGUUCAAUUUCCACAUUUAUUAUUUUUUAGCCUCACAAUGCACAAUACACUGCCAUAGACAAGUAAAAGAAACUGAUCAGAAUGAAAAUGAUUAGAGUGAAA